CCGGCGUCCAAGGCAUCCCUGCAUAUCCCUGCAUUACACUACUCGCGCGUUCCUCGCUCGUUCUCUCCCUAUUAAACCCUCUGUGUUCCCCCGUCUCCCCGUCUACCCCCCUCCCAUCUCGCCAUCAUGACAGUCUACCAAGCCACAGUCUCCGCACCCGUCAACAUCGCCUGCAUCAAGUACUGGGGCAAGCGGGACACAAAGCUCAUUCUCCCGACCAACUCAUCUCUUUCCGUCACCUUGGAUCAAGAUCAUCUCAGAUCCACCACCACUUCCCGUGCCGACCCUUCCUUUGACAAGGACAGGCUCUGGCUCAAUGGAAACGAGGAAGAAAUCAAGGACGGUGGUCGCCUCGCAACCUGCAUCACUGAGCUCAAGCGCCUCCGCCGUGAGCUCGAGAAGGACCCAAAACAACCCAAGCUCUCUACUUUCCCCGUCCACAUCUGCUCCCGUAACAAUUUCCCCACCGCCGCCGGCCUCGCCUCCUCCGCCUCGGGCUUCGCCGCCCUCGUCUCCUCCCUCGCCGCCCUCUACGAGCUCCCCGCGUCUCCCUCUGAGCUCUCCCUCAUCGCGCGCCAAGGCUCCGGCUCGGCCUGCCGCUCCCUCUUUGGCGGCUUCGUCGCCUGGGAGCAGGGCACGUCCCCCGACGGCCUCGACUCUUUCGCGGUCGAGGUCGCCCCGCGCGAGCACUGGCCCGACAUCCACGCCCUCAUCUGCGUCGUCUCAGACGACAAGAAAGACACCUCAUCGACGUCCGGCAUGCAGCGCACCGUCGCCACCUCGCCACUCCUCCAGCACCGCAUCGCGCACGUCGUCCCCGCGCGCAUGGCGGCCAUCUCCGAGGCGAUCCGCGCGCGCGACUUUGACGCGUUCGCGCGUAUCACGAUGCAGGACUCGAACCAGUUCCACGCCGUCGCGCUCGACACGGAUCCGCCGAUCUUCUACAUGAACGAUGUCAGCCGCGCGAUCAUCGCGCUCGUGACCGAGUACAACCGCGUCGCCGUCGCGCAGGGCGGGAAGCUCAAGGCGGCGUACACGUACGACGCGGGUCCGAACGCGGUCAUCUACGCGCCGAAGGAGAACAUCAAGGAGAUCGUCGAGCUCAUCGUGCGCUACUUCCCACAGGCGGAGCCGUUCAAGGACUCGUUCGGGCUGUUUGGCGUGGCGGGAGUCGGGGAGGGCAAGGUGGUCGACGGGUUCAACGCCGCGGUAGCAAAGAAGCACGCGGUGGGCGCGGUGAAGGGGCUGAUUCACACCAGGGUCGGCGAUGGGCCGAGGAAGCUGGGGCAGGAGGAGGCGCUGCUGGGCGCUGAGGGUCUGCCUAAAUUUGUGGCCUGAAUAGGAGGGUGCGCGGGAGAAACAAAUGGUGUACCACUAAUUAUUAGACUAGAAUUGCUUUGCUCUGGGUUCACACGUCUAC